AUGGGCAUUGAUGUGGCUGAUCCUGAGAUGAAGACCACCGAGCAGCAUAAUAAAUCGCCGGAUGGUAACAAUAAGUCCGGUGAUCACAUGGCCGACUUACACCAUGCACCCGAUACUGGCCUGGAACCGGACUGGAAGACUAUCGACAAGAAUGCUCGUUUUGGGAUCGACAGAGCUCAGACGUAUGAUGUAAAGGGCGAAAGGAUUCACGAGCGCAAAACCCAUCUCGUGUGCGCAGCCGUUGCCGCAUCAGAAGUCAUUGACGGCAAAUUGUCCAAUCGACGAUGGCUCGGCUCAUACACUCCACAGUAUGUCAAGACUGCAGGCCAUGGACCCCUGAAUCCGGGUGUUCGCUCAAAUAUUGCAUUCACAAAUGCAGAAUAUGGAUAUGGCAUCUUUGAGAUUGAAAAUGUCUUCAGACAGCCUGGCGAAACUGGUUAUGUUGCCCCUUUCUCGAAGACAUCACUGUCUACAAAGUUGGCCGCGAAACCGGUCGCCAAGCCCAUGACUGGCUCCGAAUUCGAAACCUACUGCAAGGCCACCGGUCUACACGAGGACAGCACUGAUGCUUACACUGCCGUGUUCAAGAUCACAAUCCAUAUUACGACAUCGGGUGCCAGAUAUGUUGAGCAUCGACCUGCAAUUCUCCGGCAUACUCGUCUGAAUCAUGUGGGUUGGGACACUGUCCGUCAGGAAACUCGACAGUCUGCUACAGAAUUCUCCGGCAAAGAGUUAUUGAUCGAAAUGUUCUUCCCUGGUACUGGCAGAUUACCCGCUCUCCUUUUCCGUGAUCUCGAGUCAACCAUCGCCAAAUCCAAGAAGAAUCCUUACGAGCGAUUGGUGACCAAGGUUUCCAGAUCACGCACUUUCAAGAGCAUGAGGGACAUGCCCAGCGUCCUGGAAUGCGGCUUCGUCAUGCCCGAUGCACCGGUAGUGGCAUUCUCUGGCGUUGAUGAGCAAUCUGUUCGUCUCGGAAUAGCCUUACGCGAUGAGUACCAGUUUGAAGAAUCGCUCAUGGCUCUCGCUGAGAAGAGACCCUGCAACACUCUUGCCCUUCGACUCAAAGGCCAUCAAGUCAAGGGUGUGGAUGGUGGAUUCCUCUUCAUCUUUGUGGAUCCGCCUGCUGAUUUGGUUCCCGAAAUUGGAGAGCGGUUUCUCGUCCGCCUUGACAAUGUUCCUUUUGCGCAGCCUGACUCUCCUACCAUAGCACUCACAGAUGCUCAACGAUGUGAGACCAUCGCUACUUGCAUCACUGAGACAUGCGAGGUUGCCCGUUCGUUGGCCAGAAUGGAUGAUAACCUGUUCCUCGGCUACAUCUAUGAUGCUCUUGAUCAGGUUGUAAAUGACGACGAGCAACGUGACGAGUUCAUGGAAUUCCAAGCCAGGAAACUCAUGCCACGCAAGGGUACUCCAGCAACGGAUACUGAGGCUGCUACGCCCUCAGAACAUCCCUCAGAUCACCGGACUCGUGUUCGUGACUGGGUCAAGGACAAAUUCUCCCACGGGCUUCUCAAAACCCCCGACAAAAUUCUCGACCGCUGCCCCGAUAUGCCUGCAGUUCGCAUCGUCGCUCCCUCAUGGUUGGAGCCACUUGAAGUUGUUGUGGCUUAUGUUCGUGCACCCAAAGUCCCGGAAUGGCCAAAGAAUAUCAAACCGACUCCUGUCAUUGACGUCAAGUUCCCACGCAUAUCAAUUCAACCAAGCGUGUAUGAAACUGUCCGCACAGCCCGCAAGCAUAUGAAAAACCUCAAGUUCACUACACGCUUCAUUCGUCGGGCCCAUGACGGACAGAUGAAUGCAGGCUUGCACGCGCUUGAUUUGGCAGGCAAGGAUACAUGGGAACUUUCCGAAGCACAUGAUGCAACAUUCGCUCGACUCAUUGCCAAAGGUGGUGGGCCCACAAUCGACUACAACGUCUUGGAAGCCCUGCCCUUGCUGAACGAGUUCAUGGCUCAUGUCAAGUCCGAGACUGUGCCAACAGACCCAGUCCUGAAAGCCUGCCUUGCCAUAUACAAGAAGCUCGAUGCCGACCAGAAGUUAAUUUUCGAUGAUCUAACAGCGCUUCCUUUUGGUAUCAGAAUAGUUUCCGGAGGUCCCGGAUCUGGCAAGAAUUUUGUUGUGCAGCUUUUCAUGGCAAUUGCUCAGCAUAGCGAGGUAGUCGAGGAUGUGGUCAACGGAUGGCUCAACACUACAGUCCCACUACCAGCUCAAAGAACCACUACCAAUGAUCGGUCUUCUGAUGGUGCCUGGGUUACUCAGCAACCGACAUUAUCUGCCGAUGAUAAGGCCAGUUGGGACACUGCAAGACGAGAGAUCAAAUCGUCCAAGGAGACGCUGGACUUUGGCGAUCAUAUGUCUGAUCCAGAUGCAUAUUCUGCCCGUCAUCAGGGGAAGCUUGUCAUCCUUGCGCCAUCCAAUAAGUUACUGGACAAGAUAGCCAUCGAUUUGAGAGACCUUUAUGCCGAAUUGAAGCUGAAGAAACGCAUCUGUCGCGUCCUGAUGCCAGGUACGGCAUCAUCCGACAUGGAACAUCGAAUUAGAUCAGAACCUCCCGUUUCGCCGUAUGAUGAGGAUAUACCCGAGGAAGGCGAUGAUAUUUUCGAGACAGAUAUCUACCUGGGACAAUUGUCUAAGGAGUGUCUCGAUCAACAUCGCUUCAUUGACCCCCCUGGUGGUGAUUUCGCGGUCUCAGCUCUCGUGGCGAAGCGCAUUACCAAUCCCGUACAUGGUGACGGUCUGGCCGAAUAUGUUACAGAUCUUGAAGCAGAGCGUUCCUCCGACCCAGAUAAUUUUUAUCUUACAUGCAUCAAGAUCUUGCGAGGACUGUUGAAGAAGGCUCGGAACGAAGAGUACUUGGCGGCAGAUGUGCUGUUAAGCACCCCCGAAGCAUGGUUCAAUCUCUCUUGUCAGAAGUUGCCCAUGAAAAUCACCGCGCUCUGGAUAGAUGAGUCGUUCCGUAUGACAGAGCCAGAGGCUUUGAUCGGGCUCCAGCAUGCUCAUCAAGCAAAGGUCAGAUUCAUGACUGGCGAUAAUGAACAGCACAAGCCAAUCGUGAAGUCCAUCGACGCCCAUAAAAGCAAAGAUGACGAUCGCGUAUUCUGUGCACAAUUCGGCUCUCAGCUCGGGUUGGCCUUGCCAUCCCGCAUGAUGGCAGCUGGUUACGAGCACAUCAUUCUCAAUCAUAACCAUCGGGCCCAAGGUGGUGUCUCCGAGUUUCCGAACGAGUAA